GGUCGCCGGCGCGUCCUCCGCUGGUUGCUGCAGGCGGGCGGCAACGGCGUCCCCGGCCCCAUGGCGCCCACCGUGGCGUCGCUGCAGUCCCGAACGGGAGCCUUGGCGCUGCACUACGCGGCGGCCAAGGGAUGCCUCGACUGCGUCGUCCUGCUCACCGAGUCGUGCCCGGAACUCGGGGCCAACACGCCGAUGGAGAACCAGGUGACGCCCGUGUACCUGGCAGCGCAGGAGGGCCACGUGGCCGUGCUACAACACCUGGUCACCGUGGCCGGAGGAAACCUGCACCUGAGGGCACGCGACGGCAUGGCCCCGCUGCACGCCGCGGCGCAGAUGGGAGCCCUGGACUGCGUCCGCUGGAUGGUGGAGGACCAGGGCGUGGACCCGAACUUGAGAGACAACGACGGUGCGACCGCAGCCCACUUCGCGGCCAGCCGGGGUCACGUGGAGACUCUCCGCUGGCUGCUGGCGCACGGCGCGGCCAUCCUGCCGGACAAGUACGGCAAGUCGCCCUUCCACGACGCUGCCGAGAACGAGCAGCUAGAGUGCCUGGCAGUCCUCAUUGGUCACGUGUCCAACCCGGAACAGCACGUGACCCAAAGCAAAGCGAACGCAGGCUCCGGCAAGCGGGGAUCCGCACAAAACAGACAGGUGGCUCAGACGUGCUCGUGUCCCGGCCCGGCCCGUUCCUCGGGUUCCGGAGGGCGCUCGUCUCGUUCAUCACGCCCGCCCCAGCAGAUCCUGCAGCACCUGCCCCAGCAGCGCGUCUGCGGCACCAGGGCCCCGUCACCCACGGCCGCCAGCGUGUCUUCCUCGGCGAACACCGUUCCCGCCGCCGGCGGGGCCUCUUCGUCCCGGCCCGCCGGUGGCCAACAGCAGGUCCAGCAGGACGGCAGCAACGGCUCGACGGCACAGCAGCAGUCUGGCGCCCCGCCGCAGGAACCCUUCUUCCUGCAUGAACCUCACAUGACCGUCAGUGACCGGGUGCGAAAACUGUUCGAGAGCGCAGCCGGAAUCGGCGCCCCAAACUCGGCGUCCCUGCAGCCUGGCAACUUGCACGUCGUCACUGCGGAGGUACACGACACCAACUCCGGCAGCCCUGACAGCUUCGGCAGCAGCGCCAAGACCGAGGAGGCCAAGGGUGCCGGGGGCGGUAGCUCGUGUGACUCGAGCGCCAGCACCGACGAAGGCAUCUGCCAGGACGACGCGACGUUGCUCGAAGAGGAGUGCAGCGAGAAGCGCGACUCGGACGCCGCGUCGCUGACACCCCAGAGCGUGAGGCGCAAGGCGCCCUCCCCGGACGCCGCCUCGUGCACCUCCUCGGUGGCCGGGGGUCCCGACGACCCCGAAGAGGACGACGACAUGGCCGGCCGCACCACGAUCUUCCACAGCUCGCAGAUGAAAUGCAAGUCGCCACCGCCGCCACCGCUGCAGCCGCCGCAGCACUCACCGGCGUGUCAACAGCCGGCGCAUCAGCAGGUGGCCGCGACCCAGCAGCCUGUACAGCAAAAACAGCAACAGCAACAACAGCAGCAGCUGAAGGAACAACAACAACAACAACCACAACAACAACAACAACAACAGCAGCAGCAGCAGCAGCAGCAGCAGCAACAACAACAGCAAGCGGCCAGCAACAGGACCACUCUAUCUCCAGUAGUGCUUAAGCCCGUCUCCAAGACAUCAUCUCCUCGAUCCCCGCUCUCUUCCAAUUCCAGCGGUAUCAGCGACUCGCCGAAGUUCCCGUCGCAGGCGCUUCUUCGGCCUACUCCAGGAUCCGCGCUGCUGCGAGACAUGCCGCACUCGUCUCCCCCUUUGCGCAACAAGUGUUCCUCGCUGGCCGACCUUCUGGACGCCGACCAACAGCACCAUCAACAGCAGCAGUCAUCGCAGUCCUCCCAGAUGUCGCCGGGCCACACGUCGUCGUCUUCUCCCGGCCAGCCCCGUGGCCAAGUCAAGAAGCCCUUCGAGAACGGCAUGAAGAAGGCUUCAUCCACGCUGUCACUGAUCACUCCUCAGCUUCAAGUGCCUCCCGCACCGACGCCAUCAGUGGCUUCCGUCGGCGACGCAUCCGUAGCCGAACUCAGCAGCAGUGAUUCGGACUACGAAACCAUCUGCACAGUGUCCACUUACAAGGAAGACAAGCUGGUCAAGUCAAUGAGGCCGGUGAAUCAGGCCGCCGACACGUCUACCUCUUCCUUGGCGACGUCACCCGUGACGCCUUCCCCGCCUCCGCCUCCACCACCCGUGGGCACAGUCUUGUCGCCGCCCCCACCUCCUCCACCGCUUCCAAAGGGUUUCGACAUCCGCUCCACAGAAAGCACGCUAAGGAGACCCGGGUCGCUGGGCACAAGCAAUGAUGGAGACCGCUCGGAGACCUCGUCCAACGCGGACACGGACGAGACGGCAUCCUCCACGAGCACAACACACAGCGAAGAAAGGACUCUGCCGAGGUUGUUCGAGAGGCCAAUGUCCUUCAUACCGCCCCAGUUCAUGCAGCCACCGGACUCGGACACGAACCUCAAGCCCUCCGAGUACCUCAAGACGGUCUCCAACAAGCCCAAGUCACACCUGGCGCACAAGGACUUCAAGGUAGAAAAUGGCGUAGCGGCUAAGAAGCCUCUGGGAAGGGUCCUCGACACCCCUCCGGCAGCUUCCGCGGCACAGAACGCGGCGCAUUCCAUGACGCUGCCCUUGUCUAAUAGCAUCGCCAACGUCGCCAAGGCUUUGAACGGCUCGAACGGUCUUGGAAGCCCGCACAAUGGUACUAACGGUCACGGCGUGCUCUACAAUGGGCUCAAUGGUCUCAACGGUUCGAAAUUAGGCAAUGGAAGCCUAUGCGGUGGCAGCGUUAGCAGUGGUAGCGUGAACGGUGACGACUCGCCCACCCCUUCGCUUUGCGAAGAGAAGAUUCACGGCAGUGGUACGGCCACGAACGGCGACGUCAGCAGCACGUGCAGCACCAACAGUCUACCGCGAUCUAUUCCGUCGACCCCGUGUUCCCCUCAGCCGAAUGGCGGUGCUUUCUCCAUCACCAAGGAGCAGCUGCAAAAUGUUCAACUGAAGAGGACGGACAAGCCGAGCACGUUGGAGCGGUGCGUCCUGCUCCAGAAGAGCCCCUGCAGCACGCUGGCCGAGCAGAAGAGCACCAUCAUCGAGGAGCUGAAGCAGUCCAUCGGAAACCAGGGAGUGCACGGCGUGCGGAAGCUCAAGGAAGAGCGACAGAGGCUCGAGGAGGAAAAGGAGAAGAAGAAAGCCGAGGAGCUGCUGCAACAGAUCAAGGCGACCAACUUCGUGGACGCGAUACCCGAGAAGGACAGCAACGGCUGCGUCAUUCCAGCGUGGAAGCGACAGAUGCUGGCCAAGAAGGCGGCCGACAAGGCGCGGAAGGAGGCCGAGGAAGCGCUACAGAGAGAGGCUGAAGCUAAGAAGUGGACAUCAGUGCCUGCCUGGAAACGACAGCUUCUGAUGAAGAAUGGUGAUGCCACAUUACCGAUCAACAGGACCCUCGGGCCCAAACCCCUGACGGGAACGCUGAGUUGUCCUGCUGCGCCGGUGUCGAGCGCUCCUUCUUCGGCAACGUCCACACCGGCGUCGACGUCGUCCAAACCCGAAAACGGCACCGACAGCAGCGCCAACGGCAACAGCGAGCCGGUUUCUCCGGCGUCGUCCACCGCCACGUCAUCGUCCCUGGUCAUCGCGGAAGAGGACAAGCCGCAGAAUCCGUUCCUGCAGCACGGCCUGCGCAAGGUCAACGUGCGUCUCCACUGAGCUCUCGCAGGCCAGUCACACGAAGGCUGCUAACUUGUAAGACGUCUUGCCCCGCCACCCCCACUCUCCGGUGACGUACGAGAGUAUAUGCGUGUGUCAAAAACGAUGACGUCUUCACUGAAGACGUCGAUGACGGUGAAGAGGACGUGGUGCUUCGUGAGGAACGAUUUGUGACCCUUCGUGGUGAAAGAGACUCUCGGAGUGUUGUCCCCGAUCGUUUUUUUGUUACGUUGAUUGUUGUUCGUUUCGUUUGCUCGGUGUCCUUCCGUUUCUCUUCCCUCUCUCCCUUCUUCGCUGUGUGUGGAGACUGGCUGUUCUCUCGCCGAUUUUUUCUCCUCUUUUUCUUUUUUUUUUUGGUGCACACACAUGCGCAUGCGCGGACAGAAGAUAACGUGUUAAGUCUUCUGCAGGGGCGCCGUCCAAUGAUGCGGCGCCGGGGCCUGAGAGAACGACUUAACCGUAGGUGCUGAUGACGAGUUCUUCUUUUUCGACUGUUUUUUCAUUCGUGCGCGAUGCGAAGGUGGACAGGGGAACGGGACACUGUAGCAGACUGAUCAUCGGCGGUGCAGAUGUGUGCUUAUUAAAUAGCAUGUAAGCGAGCAAACCUGCGCUGCCUCUUUCAGCGAACAAAUGGAAAAUGUUAAACGACUCCGUAUGACUUUGAACAGGGGCUCAGUUACUGCUGACGUUGAUUACAAGCGACGCUCAUUUUAGAAGAAUCACGAACGUUGUUUGAACACUUAUAUAAUUGCAGCGCCGAAAGCUGCAUACAACGCAAUGUCCAUUUUUUUUUCAGAAGCUUGUCGCGAACUUUUGCUUUCAUAUAGACCUGCAUGUGAAGUCACAUGUUGGUUGGACCCUCACAUGAGGGCGGGAGCGAGCCUGACGGUUUAAAAGAAGCGGUUACUUUGUUUCUGCGGACGCCACUAGUUGAGUAUCGCAUUCGAGGCCUGAGCUGCCAUAAUAAGCAUGCAAAAGGCAUCGAGAGGCACGAUCCUUGUGGUUUGUUUUUGAGACCGUUUCCCGAUGCCUGUGACUACGCAGACACGGUAGGUUUUGCCUACACGCUCCAAGCGCAUCGCGAAGGUUGGUCCGCGCAUCGUCUAUGCGACGAUGUUCUAUCAGUCGCACAAGGAACUUGCAUUUCUCAUUAGGCGCCACCUCGAAGUAUUCAACGGGCGAACGCGAGUGAAGUUUUUGUGCUCUUCCGCCAUUCCAUUUCCCCGCAAGCGAAGCCUUCCUGUUCAUACAAGUCGUAUCUCGAAGAGCCCCAACAGUUCUGUCUUUGUUUUUUUACUAUUAAAUGCGAAGCCGCUCGAUUAUCUCGUCGAGCUCACUGCCGACUUUGGCGAGCGCGUACUUUUUUUUUAAAGGUCACUCACUACUUGACAAAGAGCUCUGCUAGCGUUUGCAGGUACCAUAGUAUUUCUACAGCAUUUGUCAGUCAUGCGAUGCGUAAAAGCGUAGUAAAAAUGAAUUUUGGCAGCCGCUUGCAGGACCGACGCUUCGGACGGAAAUUUUAUUUUGCUUUUAAUCCUUGAGUACUCCUCUUUUAUCUUUACUAUAACCCAUAAUCUCUGAAGCCAAACUAACCUAUUUCUCUUAUGGUUACGCUUUUCCUUUUAUAUACUUUUGUACAUAGUGUCGAGUUCUCUCACAGGCUCUGUCAGAGGUGCCUUGGAGAUGCCUUUUACCUCAACGUUUGCGUCUUACGUUGCCGUUGGCAAGCUGUAAUGAUUGCUCCUGUUUUCUCAUCCCGCCCCCUUUUUUUUUUUGUUUCAAGAAUUUGAACUCUCUUGAUUCUAUAAGAACUUCAAAGCUUUCUGUGACGUCAAAGGGCGCCGUCCCCAUCUGUUAUCGCUUUCUUGAGACACUCUUGUUAUCGCUAUUUUAUACUACAUCACGAGGAGUGAAAAGAAGACGCAGGAGACGUGGUCUUUGUAGUACGAGCAUAAUCAAAAAAAAAAUUUCCACGCUAUAACUUGUCCUUGUUUUUCACGGCUAUACGAAAGAGGCUAAGUUUUCUUUUGUGCAACUGUUAUCACUCUCCCCUUUAAAAAUUUUGUUUAGGUGAGCCAUGCAGGGCCCAAACGUAUUCGUAGGUGCCCCCCAACACGAGCUUAGACACAAUGGGAGCCAAGCGGGCAGGCUCAUUUCGAAGCGCUAGUCUUCCGAAGCAUCUAUUUAGAAAGGCUGUAUCACGUUUUCGUGUAUGAAUAAAAAUGGAAAAUAUUUUUCAAACUGCGUCACUCUGUAGAUGGGCGAAACAUCCCCAGCUAAGUUUACGAAAUGACAAGUAGAAGGUUCAGCAACUCUUGUUGGAAAAUAUUAAAUGACGGGGCUUUCAUAAAAUGUAAUUCAGUUACAGGCUCGUCGCAUUUAUCGAGGAGAAAAAGCUCUUCUUCAAAUGCAAUGUCCAGGGUGAAGUGUGUGCUCGCAUCGGGGUAUGGUAACGUAUCCAAACGUCAAAUACCGUCAGGCAGGGUCAGGUGACAACAAACUCUUGUGAUACGUGCUCGACGUGGAAAUGUUUUACCAGCCAUAUUAUGACGCAAUCCCUGCUUGGGUCAAGUAUUGCACGAGGGGGGCCAAGCAAGCGCCCUCUAAUGGACGGUCGACGGCUUGCCUUUGUAACGCAGCGCAUAUGCGGCAAAGGAGGCGCUUCGUCUCUUUCUCUCUCUCCAGGUCGCUGACGUCAUUACCCGCAGCGGUAAUGUUUUACCACACGUUCAGACCACUCUGCGACGCCGUCGCAGCAAAUUUCCUUUUCAGAUUUUUUUUUUUUUUUUGGCGACGUAAGUGGUGCACCGCGCGAGCGAGACUUCUUAUUUCUCUACCUCGCGGGAAAGACCGGUGAAACCUCUAUUUUUAGAAAAAAAAUAUAUAGAGGUGAAGCCAAGUCAUGACGUCAACAGUGAGGAAAGCGAACGCUUCUUUCUAUCUCUCUUCAAUCUGAUCGUUUUGUUUAAGAGCGCGUGUGUGCGAGUGAGAAUGUAUGAGUAUGUAUUUUUUUUAUUUGCAGAUGAAAAAUAAAUAUCUUCAGAGAGAAAUA